GGCAGGAACGUUUUUAUAAGGAGAAAUAGAGGCGUGUUUGGGGUAAACGAAAAAAGGGACGGGUUUCCGCAAUUGGCCCGUAUUAAAAAGUUAGGGAUAUGGAAGAGAUAGAGCGGCGAAGAGAGGGUUGCAUGAAGGGAGAGUUUGAUUCCUUUGGGACAGAGAGUGAGAUUAAUUAAAAUAUUAGGUAGUUAAUUAAUUAAAUUAAAAGGAAAGGUGAAGGCUCCUGCGAUGGAGCAAGCAGUGUCACUGAUUGGUGCCCUGAACCUGGUUUCUCGCAACCUCCCUCUUCCCCCAGACCUCUUUGACACCGUUUCUUCUAUCUAUCACCGAUCUAAUCCUCUCUCUUCCGAGGCCGAUGCACCGGAACAAGAUUUGUUGGCCGACCUUCAAAAUGCGCUGUUGGAGCAACGUCCUAACUACGCCUCUGCUUCCAAAUUGAACAAAACAAGGGAAAGCCGUUAUCACACUCAGAUUCGACACCGCUUAACCCAACUCCAAGGAUUGCCUUCAAGCAGAGGAGAGGACCUACAGACUAUGUGCUUGCUUGAGCUUUAUGGACUAAAGCUAGCUGAGUUGCAGAGGAAGGUGCAGACUGACGUGAAUUCUGAAUACUGGCUCAAUGUUAAAUGUGCAUAUCCAGACAGGCAAUUAUUUGAUUGGAGCAUGAUGCGGUUGCGUCGUCCGCUGUAUGGUGUUGGAGAUCCAUUUUCCAUGGAUGCCGAUGAUCAAAUAAGGAAGAAACGGGAUGCUGAGAGACUAUCAAGAUUGGAAGAACAGGCAAAAAAUCAUAUGGAAACCAGAAAAAGAAGAUUUUUUGCAGAAAUACUGAAUGCGGUCCGAGAGUUCCAAUUACAAAUUCAAGCUUUUUUGAAGCGAAGAAAACAGAGGAAUGAUGGUGUACAGGCAUGGCAUGGAAGGCAAAGGCAACGUGCAACACGGGCAGAGAAAUUGAGAUUCCAAGCCUUAAAGGCCGAUGAUCAGGAAGCUUACAUGAGAAUGGUAAAAGAGAGUAAGAAUGAAAGAUUGACUUUGCUUCUUGAAGAAACAAAUAAACUACUUGUAAAUUUGGGAGCAGCCGUUCAACGUCAAAAGGACUCAAAACAAUCAGAUGGCAUUGAACCCUUGGAAGAUUCAGAAACUGAUUUACCUGAGUCAGAUGGAUUGAAGAAUGGAAUUUCUAAGGAAUCACCUCUUGAGGAAGAUGUGGAUUUAAUAGAUUCUGAUCGUAACGGUGGUGAUACUAGUGAUUUACUUGAAGGUCAGCGGCAAUACAAUUCUGCCAUACAUUCAAUUCAAGAAAAGGUAAGCGAGCAACCAUCUAUUCUUCAAGGUGGAGAAUUAAGACCAUACCAACUAGAAGGCCUCCAGUGGAUGCUUUCUUUGUUUAAUAACAAUUUAAAUGGAAUAUUGGCUGAUGAAAUGGGGCUUGGGAAGACAAUACAAACCAUCUCAUUGAUAGCAUAUCUUAUGGAACACAAGGGUGUGACUGGUCCUCACUUGAUUGUGGCUCCAAAGGCUGUUCUGCCAAAUUGGAUCAAUGAAUUCUCAACAUGGGCUCCUAGCAUCACAACCAUUCUUUAUGAUGGACGGCUGGAUGAGAGAAAAGCAAUGAAGGAAGAGUUGUCAGGGGAGGGGAAAUUUAAUGUUCUGAUAACACACUAUGAUCUUAUAAUGAGAGAUAAAGCAUUUCUCAAGAAAAUCCAUUGGCUCUACUUGAUUGUGGAUGAAGGGCAUCGAUUGAAGAAUCAUGAGUGUGCUCUAGCAAGAACCCUGGACUCUGGCUAUCACAUUCAACGAAGACUGCUGUUGACUGGUACCCCAAUUCAGAACAGUUUGCAGGAAUUAUGGUCCCUGCUCAAUUUUCUCCUUCCAAACAUUUUCAAUUCAGUUCAGAAUUUCGAGGACUGGUUUAAUGCUCCCUUUGCAGACCGAGUGGAUGUCUCUCUAACUGAUGAAGAACAACUAUUGAUCAUUCGGCGUCUGCAUCAAGUGAUAAGGCCCUUCAUAUUGAGAAGGAAAAAAGAUGAGGUGGAAAAAUUUCUUCCUAGUAAAUCUCAGGUUAUACUCAAAUGUGACUUGUCAGCCUGGCAGAAAGUAUAUUAUCAACAAGUCACUGAUGUUGGCAGAGUUGGCUUAGACAAUGGUUCUGGAAAAUCAAAAAGUCUACAGAACUUGACAAUGCAACUCAGAAAAUGUUGUAACCAUCCCUACCUCUUUGUGGGUGACUAUGAUAUCCAUAAACACAAGGAGGAGAUUUUCAGAGCAUCAGGAAAGUUUGAACUUCUUGACCGUUUGCUUCCAAAACUUCGUAGAGCUGGUCACAGAGUCCUCCUUUUUUCUCAGAUGACUCGGCUCAUGGACAUUCUUGAAAUUUAUCUGCGACUUAAUGAUUUUAAAUUUCUUAGACUUGAUGGCUCAACAAAAACUGAGGAAAGAGGUUCCCUACUACGGAAAUUCAAUGCACCUGAUUCUGCAUACUUUAUGUUUCUCUUGAGCACCCGUGCCGGAGGUCUUGGUUUGAACUUACAAACAGCAGAUACUGUUAUAAUCUUUGACAGCGAUUGGAACCCACAAAUGGAUCAACAAGCCGAGGAUCGAGCACAUCGCAUUGGACAAAAAAAGGAAGUUAGAGUUUUUGUGUUAGUUAGUGUGGGAUCUAUUGAAGAGGUGAUUUUAGAGCGUGCUAAACAAAAGAUGGGCAUUGAUGCCAAAGUCAUUCAGGCAGGGCUCUUUAACACAACUUCUACAGCACAAGACAGAAGAGAAAUGUUGCAGGAGAUUAUGCGUAGAGGUACUAGCUCACUUGGUACGGAUGUCCCGAGUGAGAGAGAAAUUAACCGCCUUGCGGCCCGAUCUGAUGAGGAAUUUUGGCUGUUUGAGAAAAUGGAUGAAGAGCGAAGGCAAAAGGAGAAUUACAGAUCUCGUCUCAUGGAAGAGCAUGAACUGCCGGAUUGGGUAUACUCUCCACUAAAUAAGGAUGAUAAGGUCAAAAUAUUUGACAGUGGUAGUGUUACUGGAAAGCGUAAAAGAAAUGAAGUGGUAUAUGCAGAUACAUUAAGUGACCUACAAUGGAUGAAGGCUGUGGAGAACGGACAGGACAUAUCUAAGCUUUCAGUCAAAGGGAAAAGAAGAGACCACCUCCCUGUUGACAACCAUGCACAAGCUAGUGAUGACAUGGGGACAGAAGAACGGUUAUUUAGAAGUGAAGACACUUUCGACGUGACACCUGCCUCUAAGAGACUCAAGCCCGAAGAAAUAAAUUCCCAGAAACAUGAAAACGAAGAUGUCAGUGUUGGUGGUUUGAACGAGCAUAUAUUUUCCUGGAAUACUCGUAGAAAGAAGAGAUCAGGCUACCUUGGCCAGGGUUCAUUCUCUGAUAGUAGAGGGCAGAAUUCAAAUGGAAGAGCAAACUGGAACUGAUAGUUCUAAUUUAGUCAUGGAUGCCAGAAAUUUUCCCUACAUUUGUAUUGUGAUUCUGCUUCAUUGUGUUUGUCAAGGUAAAUGGUAGAUUACACUCGAUCAGCAAAUGUAGAUACCAGCAAAUUCCUUCUGGCAGUUGUGAAGUUUAUCAGUGUGAAUGUAAAAUCUAAUUGAUGAAACACAUUUCCCCUAGUUCAUUUCUAUGAUUCCCAUCUGGAAAAUUAAACCA